GAGAAGUUGGCACUAAUUUGUUGUUUCACCGUCUGCUGUUUCAUUCAUGUUCAUUUGUGAUUCAGACCUUCAGACCGAGACUGUGCGGUAAGGACGUGUGGGACUUGCGGGAGAGCAAGGGGAAGGUUGUGAGGUAGCGAUCGAGAAAAGAGAGGAAGGUAUUCACCCGCAACCACAGCCGUGACGAUGUGCGUAUCGUCGUCGUCAUUUUUGCCUAUGCUUGAGAAAACUGGGUUAAGUCGGGGGAUUUUCCAAAUACGCAGCCCUUGCUACCAGCAUCCAACGAUCGUGCCUCAUACUGCGCUCAAAGAGGUCCCUUGACGAAGUUUUGCGAUUGACAACGCAGCUGACUGGAACAUAACCAAGAGAGAGCCAGCGCCAGUGAGAGCCCCACAUCCUCGUUACGAUGGUGAUUUUGGAUAUCUAAACCGACAUCGUCUCCAAUUAAUCAGAAACCUCAUCUCGUUGGUUUUUCCUUUUAUUUUAAUUAUUUGUUGACGCCUUCUUGGUCUGGAAAGGAUCUUUCGUGCCCUUCCACAAGUUCAUUGGAGUUGGAAAUAAACGCAGACACCAAAUCCGCAGACAAUAAUGAGUGUCGAAUGAGAUCACGUGGUGUGGAGUUGGAUAAUACUUGUUGCUACAUAAUUAUACUUGCUGAUGUUGAUGUUGCGUAUUUUCUUAUUUAUUUGUCAUAAUCAAAAUAGAAUUUAAAGAUGUCCGGAGUGACGCAGGAUUGUAGGAGCAAAACAGGGAUUUAUUUCGCCUAACGAUUGAAUGUAACCAUCUUGAGUUGGAUUCCGCGCCGCUACUCGUGCGAAAACGCACCAUAGCCACAUCACAAUACAGAAUCGGCAGUUGUUUUUAACACCGGAUGAAACAUUUUAAAUAACGUUUUCACAAUAGUCAGAUAGUGAUUACAGCCAAGCAAUUAAUAUUUUUGGAAGAUGAUAAUUCAUACGCACAGCUGAAUGUAUAUACUGCGACAAGUGAGAUUACAAGAAAAGCUCAAGGGGAUGCAUUUCUGACGGCAGUAGAUCAACAUGUCGCUCAAUCAUCAUUACCGGUACAUUCUUCCUGAAUAUUACCCAUCACUUUUCUGACCAACCGUCUGCUCUGUUUCAUUUGGAGGUCAUUUCGUUCAUUCUUAAGUAUCCACCACGGCAUCGUCUCACACCGUUCACCAUACCCCCACCACCGCCGUCGUCGACAUCGGCUCGGUGGUCGAUAGCCGCAUCAAGAUGUUGAUUCGGACUGGACGUCGUAUCAUCUUUCUGAUCUCCCUCACCCUCUCGGUCUUCUUCCUGCUCUUCUUCCAGACGCCACACCGUUUACCGCUCAACCAGCUGCAUCAGGCUUACCGGGACUUCACCGGUACUACCGGCAUCAUACCCAGAAAGAUGCAGGGUUUCGCAGAAGACCAAGCGCAGGAAGACGAUUACGGUGAAGAGUCUUAUUAUUCCAUCGUCCGGUAUGAUGACAAGGCCAAAGCUAACGUUGAAGAGAUCUUACAACAUCACUGGGCUGCUAAUAAAACAGGACUUCUUCAAACAAGAUCUGAGAUGCGCAAAUUUUUCAACCCGUACAAGAUGAUCACCAUGACAUCGGACGACGACACGAGAGGUCAACUCAAGCGAUUCUACAGCGCCAAGGCAAAGGCCAUGACCCUGAUACCACCAGGUCUUAGGAAGCUUCUCCCAACAAAGCAACUCUUCAGUAAUCAGUACUUCAAGACAUGCUCCGUGGUCGGCAACAGCGGGAUUCUUAUCAACAGCUCCUGCGGUGCCGAGAUCGACGCAGCCGACUUCGCCUUCCGAUGCAACUUCGCUACGGUCAAAGGUUACGAGAAGGAUGUUGGGACGAAGACAGACGUCAUCACGUUUAACCCAAGCAUCCUUGAUCGGUUCUACGGCAGACUCAAAAAGGAUACGGACAAGAAGAGCUUCGAGGAGCGCUUGGUUAGCUAUGGGAAAUAUGUUUUGUGGAUUCCAAUAUUUUCGACGCAUUACGUAAGCAGGACGGUCCAUGAGAUAUUAGAGUAUUUCAAUCUGAACUUUAAAAGAUUCACCAACGUCCAGCUAGCGUUUCCAGGAAAUAUCCUUCCAGAUAUAUCAGAUUACUGGUUAACGCAGGGGAUCGACGAGGAGAGAAUCAGUACUGGUCUUCUCAUGUUCAACAUCGCUGCCACGAUCUGUGAGGAGAUCCACAUGUACGGAUUUUACCCCUUCCCCCAAUUCCAAGAAACUUCUAUCCCGUACCACUACGAUGACAGCAGGAGGAACAAAACACGGAAUAAUUAUGAUUAUGGUUAUCGGCGGUUUCACCAGCUACCGGACGAGUUCGUGCUGCUGAAGAAGCUACAUAAAGCAGGGAUUGUCAAACUGCAUUUGGGGAAAUGUCCAACGUGA